AGCGGCCAGGUGGCUCUGGCCCUGGCAUCGGUGGGCCGAACUUCCAGGCCCAGCCCGGGGGCCCAGGGACAAGGCAAGGACUCCGUGCAGGGCCUGGCGACAAGGGAGGGUGGCGCAGGGACCGGGGGACCCAGGGACAGAGGAGCGGGGAGCAUCUCUCUCCUGCCCCCGCCCCCCUCUGGCCCACACGUCCCCAGGGGCCAGCCCUGGGCUAUCGGUCCGCCCCCGCGGCGCCCCGCAUGGGCCUGCCGCUCCCGUGGGUGGCCUUCGGCGCCGCGGCCGGCGGCACCGUCGCCCUGGGCUACGCUGGGCAGCCCGUGCGGGAGGUGUCCGCUGCGGAAGCCUCGGCGGAGAUCAAAAAGUGGCCAGAGAUAUAUGCUGAAGGGCUGCCAGUUGUCUUUCGCGGGCUCGCGGGCCGCUCAAAGUUGCUGCAGGCCUUCUCGCACAAGAAUCUCCAGAAGCAUGCAGACGGCAUCGGAGGCUGGUCGCUCAACAAGGGCCACGGCAGCGGCUCCUGGAAUUCGCACGCGCACGAGGGCGGCAUGUGGAGUUUGCGUCAGAUCGAGGAGUACUACGAGGCCCAGAAGGGCUCGAGCGCACCAGCGCUCCAGUGCUUCAAGUCGCAGGGCCACGUCCCCACGCUGGAACUGCUGCAGAGUGUAGUGGAUUCUAUGCCCCCAAGGUUGCUGCAGACUGCUGAGAUCCAAAAGGUGCAUUGGUGGAUGGGCGUCAACGGGUCGACUGUUGUCACUGGCCUGCACACCGACCUUACCCACAACUUCUUUUUCGCCGCGCAUGGUCAGGGAGGAAAAAAGUUUAUCAUGUUUGCACCUUGGGAUGGAGAUAACCUCCAUGUUUGGCCCAAGGUUUGGUCAUAUUCUGAGAUGCUUUUCGAUUUCUAUGCUUUCGUUAACAAGACCCCAGAGCAACUGGAGGAGGCAUGGAAGCACCCAGACCCGGAAAGGUAUCCCAAUUUCGCGAAAGUCCAACGGUACGACGUAGUCCUCUUCCCAGGCGACGUGCUGUACAUCCCUAUCAGGUGGUGGCACUCGGGCCUGAAUUCGGGCGAUGUGAUCGGAGUCAACACCUGGUUUUGGGUUCCCAACCCGUUCGGAACCCUUCUCGAACAGAUAUUUUCCCAAAAGCCGACGGACGAGCCUGACGAGUGGCCCAAGCUGGCCAAGCUGCCAGCGCCCUACGCCACGCUGAAGGCAUUCGAGCCGGCCCCCGAGCCGCCGCCGCACGGCGUGCAUCCCGACUCUGUGCGAAAGAGGGUCCGCCAGAGGCAGCAGAAGCUCGGAUGUGUCAGGGCCCAGGUACUCCCGUUCAAGAAGGUGUUCGCCAAGCUGGAGCAGUUCGAGGAGGAGCUCACCUGCCUCCGCGGCUUUUUCAGGGACAUCUGGAGCGAGAUGAAGGAGCUCGUCACGGGGGACUACCCCGCGGGCUCCGCCGAGCUCUGGAGCAAGAUGACGGGCGACAAGCGGUUCGAGCACCACAUCCAGAACAUAUAUUGCCCGAGCGACAGCCCCCGGGAUCACAUGGCGACGUUUCGCGAGGCGUUCGAGAUUAGGCACGACAGGAGCAGGUUCUCCUUCAUGGGCGUGCUCGAGCGCGCCUACCCUGGCUGCGCCGCCAAGGGCAGCUGUGUCGCUGUGCACGUGGCCGCCGGCAGAGCGCUCCGGUCCGCAGUAGUCUGGGGCAAGUGCAGAAGCGGGACACGGGCGAAAGAGUUGUGACUGGCACGCCGCGCGAGCAGAACGGCAGUGCAGAAAAAUGGGGGAAGCAGGGGCGAAAGGAGGAGGGAAUCCCUCCUCAACAACACCUUCGCGGUCGCACCUUAAUGCCGACUGUGGCUUGACAUCCUCCUCCUGC